AUGUCUACACCAGCGACACAGACCGUCAUUGCCCCGUCAGGGUCCCAAGAAAAGAAGACUACAGUACGAGUCGGCACAAGAAAAUCUGCAUUGGCCCUCGCACAAGCCGAUUUUGUCGUCACUUCGCUCUCCAAGCUCCAUCCUCAUGUCAACUUUGAGAUUGUCGGCAUGCUCUCGGCCGCUGACAAGGACAAGACUACGGCAUUGUACAACUUUGGUGGCAAGGGACUGUGGACAAACGAGCUGGAAGCUGGCCUAAUGGCGAAAGAGUUGGACAUAAUCGUUCACUCGCUCAAGGACAUGCCCACUGUAUUGCCCGAGGGCUGCGUUCUUGCUUGUGUGCCUGAGAGAGAGGACCCGCGCGACGUUGUCGUUAUUAAAAAGAGUUUGGAAGGCAAAUACAGCAAACUGUCAGACCUUCCCGAGGGCAGCGUCGUUGGCACAAGCUCCAUCCGCAGAAUGGCCCAGAUUCGACGUCGUUACCCAAAGCUCCAAUUUCAGGACAUGCGCGGAAACAUUGACACCAGACUCAAGAAGCUGGAUGCCGAGGACGCAGCCUAUACCGCCAUGAUCCUUGGAGCUGCCGGUCUUUCAAGAAUGAACUGGCUUGGCAGGGUGUCGCAGUAUCUCGACAGCACAACCGAGGGCGGUGGUAUGUUGCAUGCUGUUGGUCAGGGAGGAUUAGGCAUCGAGGCGAGAAUAGAUGAUGAGGCAACCUUGUCCAUUCUCCAAGCUUUCGAGGACAAGCAUGUCAUGCUGGCCGCCGAAGCCGAACGCAGCGUUAUGAGGACACUCGAGGGCGGAUGUAGCAUCCCAAUUGGCGUCGAGACAAAGUGGACGAGUGACAGAAAACUACACUUGAAUGCCACGGUGGUGAGCGUGGAUGGCACGGAAGCUGCCGACGGUAAUUUGGAGGAGACCAUUGAGACGAGGGAACAAGCCGUCGACUUUGGCAAAAGGGUAGCUCAGCUUCUGGUUGACGGCGGUGCACAGAAGAUUUUGGACGCCAUCAAUGCCGAGAGGGAGGCCAACCCAAGUACAGAAAAGUGGGUGCCGGCAUAA